AUGUCCCUGGACGUGGUGGAGCCUAAAUGUGAGAGGAAAAUUGCAUCUACUAUGUACCCAGGGCUGCCAGGACAGGCUGGCUUGCUCAUAAUUUUGCAUACCCUUGUUUUUGUUGCCUGUACUGUAGGGUCGAACCCUUUCAAGACGUGUGCGGCAUGCACGGAUGCCACUCUGUGUCCUUGUUGGAACGCAAUUAAACGCUUUGUGUGGGCGCUCUCACCCACGCCCUUAGUUUCUCGCCCAGCUGGAUGA